UCAAAGAAAACUGUCAGAGUGAGCAUUCUAACUUUAUUUCAGAGGAAAAGAACAUCAGAAGCGUUAUGUCUGAUUGGAGUCUUUCAGACCCAUUACCAUCAAAUGAGAAAGAGGUGGCCAACGAAGGCAACGAAAAUCAAGUGGACGAUCAUUUGAAUAUCCACCAAGAUUCAGAUAUAGAAGGGUAUACACCCCCGGGUACACCCCCAAAAAGAGAUAUGGAGGGAAAGUCUCAACCUACUGACUCACAAAUGGAGUGGAGAAUGGAUAAUCUGGAGAAUGCUCUCGAGAGACACUCCGAUAUACUCGACAAUCAUGCUGAAAUAAUCAGAGAUCAAACAGUAGCCAUACUCGAUAUGAAGGAAAAUAUUGACAACCUAAACACCGUCAUACAGAAACUCACAGAACAAAUAGGAAAAUUAACUUCAGAGACGGAACAAGCGCAUUAGGCGACCUCAGCAGAGCUUGUAAUGAACUCAGACGAUCUAUUGCCCUAAACGCAACUAAUUCAAAAAUAAACAUAAAGAGAAAUUAUAAAUUAACAAAAAAAGUACCACUUAACAUUUGGUUAGACAAUAUAAAUGCUGAAUUAAAAGCUAAUAAUCUUGCAGACAUACUUGACGAUUCUCAA